AUGAUUAAACGACCGCCGGGUGGAGGCCUCUUUAUAACAACUGGCUGCUUCCUGGCACUCUUUUGUGUCAGUGUCAGCGCCCAGUUAGUCUCAGAGUAUGGAUGUCCUACUCAGGAGAGGAUUCUACCUUGCAGAUGUUCCACUCGUGACAUGGAGAUUCAGAUAUGGUGCAGUCAUAGCGAAUUACCGAAAGUCCUCGAAGGUUUGAAAGCGGUGAGUCAUUACUUGGACCGACCUGUAGACGAAUUGAUUUUGGAGAACAAUAAUUUACCCAGCCUACCAGGCAAAGUGUUCGCUACGCUGCGCGUUCUUCGCUUAAUGCUUCGAAAUAAUCGCCUCGAGAGAGUGUCGUCAGGAUGGUUAGAGGGUCUGCACGAUUCUCUCUUAGAGUUAUUCGUCGUGGAACCGGAUUUGCGCUCUUUGCCAGUGGACAGCCUCGAGAAUCUUCAAGGUCUCGAAGCGGUGACACUGCAGAGCAGAGUGAUGAAGAAACUCCCGAAAUUCUCAGGAUUACCGAAACUCCGAUACCUCCAGAUCAAUACUCCAGCUCUGUUGGAAUUAGCACCGAGAAAUUUCCGUGAUCUACCGAAUUUGGAGCAACUCCACAUGUUCGGUAGUCCACGUUUGAUACGCCUGGAAGCUGGUCUCUUUCGAGGAUUGCCGCGACUUGAGUUGGUGAACAUCACCGACUGCGGGAUUCACUGGGUUCAUCCUCGAGCGUUGAUCGAUCUGCCGGAAUUGAAGGAGGUCGCUCUCGUUGGAAAUUCCAUAGUCGACGCGGGAAUGAUCGGUCGUGCUUGCAUGGAUCUACCUUCCCUCUCGGUGAUACGUUUGGACAGAAAUCGCGUGAAUCGCCUUGGCGAGGGAGCUUUCACGGAUCUGCCUGUUCUCUCUCGUUUGUACUUAUCGAGGAAUCAUAUUACCGAGGUGUUCGCUGGAGCAUUUCAAAGAAUGCCAGCCUUGAAGACCGUGGAUCUUAAUCACAAUCUGAUACACCGUAUACAUCCUGAAUUCUUCCCGCGUAGACCUGGAAACAUCCUGGAGGAGAUGUGGCUGAUCAACAACGAUCUCAGCCACGUAACCGAAUUAAGAUCCGUCAUGGAAGCAUUGCCUAGAUUGAAGUUUCUCGACGUCAGUCACAAUCAGAUCGAGGAGAUACCAUUUGGAUCGUUGAGGGGUCAUCUGACGUUGGAGAGGCUUCACCUUGAUCACAAUAGAGUGGCCUUUUUGCAAAGGGAGACCUUCACCGCGAUGCCCGCUCUCAGAGAACUAAGAUUGAGGAAUAAUUCUUUGUCCAACUUAUUGGAGGCGCCGUUCUGGAACUUACCAGCGUUGAAGGGGUUGGAUCUUUCGGAAAAUUACUUUCGCCACGUAGAACCUCGAUUGUUAGCGAAUUUACCAAGUUUGAGAAGAUUGGACAUGGGUGGAAACGCAGUUGGCCUCAUAGAGCCUGAUUCGUUCUUAGGCACGCCUGAUUUGGAGCACGUCAACAUCUCUGGAAACGCUCUCUCCGUCCUCCAUCCGCUCACCUUUCAUCAUUUGACCAAUCUUUACGAAUUAGACGUCGGCUGGAAUCGAAUGCUCGAGAUUGUUCCCGGUCUACCGAGAAACAUCGAACACUUGCACAUGCCUAUGAAUCGAAUCGUCGUUCUACCAGCUGUAUCUUCGCAAGAUUUAGAUCUACCGGUUCUCAGAUCCUUGGAUCUCAGCGCAAACGGGAUAGAGAGAUUAUCACCUGGCAGCCUGACCGAUUUACCAAACUUGAGGAAGUUGAACUUUGGUUACAACUCUCUUAGACUUCUGGAGGAUGGAUCUUUCGACGGUUUAUCGAGACUGGAGCAACUGGACCUGAGAUACAAUCGACUAGUCACUCUUCAUGGAAGAAGUUUCAGGCCGCUGAGAUCGCUGAUGGAUCUGAACUUAAGGGGAAAUCGUUUGGAGGUUCUCCGACCAGAUAUCUUUCAGGAGAACGUUAGACUGCAGAGACUGGAUCUGAGUAGAAACAACGUUGCUCAGAUACCUCAUGCAACAUUCUCCAACACUAGAGACCUUCGUGAACUGUACGCUUCGCACAAUACUUUGACCGAGUUACCCGGAUCGUUGCACGGCCUAACAGCUCUUCAGGUACUCGACUUGAGCUUCAACAAGCUGAACAUCCUGUCGCCGGAAACACUGAGCAGCCUAUCGGCCUUGCUCGAGCUUAAACUUGUCAGGAAUCGUAUCCGUGAGUUGCGCGAGGGCGCGUUCGACGGUCUGCCACGAUUAACAUUGAUCGAUUUGGAGAACAACGAUCUACGGAUCAUCGAACGAAACGCUAUCAGAGCUUUGCCUGAAUUGCAGGCAAUUAGACUUGGGAAAAAUCGUCUACAGAUAAUUCCAAGCGGAGCUUUCACCGAGCUGCCUCUACUGCAGAGUACAGAGCUGCAAGAAAAUCGUAUCCAGGAAAUCGCCGGCAACGCGUUCAUUAACGUGCCUCACCUUCUUUUCCUCAAUUUAAGCCACAAUCAUUUACCCGCGUUGGAUUACGUCGGCUUGGAGAGCUUACGUUCCCUGGAGGUUCUGGAUUUGAGCAACAACCGAUUGUCCAGGGUGUCCAGCAACAGUUUAGCAUCGAUGGAAUGGCUGGUCGAGUUAAAAAUGGACAACAAUCGGAUCUGCGCGAUCCACGGUUCGCCGUUCGACGAAAUGCCCAGGCUUCGUGUUCUCAGCUUGAGAAGCAACCGGAUGGCUUCCGUUUCGGAAACGGCGUUCAAGAGAUUACGAUCGAACAUCGCUGUCUUAGAUAUCGAUGGUAAUCCACUUUCUUGCUCCUGCGGAAUGUUAUGGCUGAGAGGAUGGCUGCAGCAAGCUUCCUCGGAAGGUCCUAGAUGCGCAGAUGGAUCUUUGUUCAAAGAAAUUCGAUUGUCGAGACAGGACUGUCAACGAGAGAGGCAAAUUGAUCCAAUUCAUCCUGGAUGCGAGGCUGAAAUAAUCGACGCUGCGCCAUAUCCAGUCUCCUCUUCUACAACAGAGAUGGUACCACUUCGAAUGAACCUGAAAGAUUCGUCGACUAGAAAUCCUGCGAAUGCUCAGGACGCUGAUUACUUCUACCCCGACUAUCCUGAUUAUCAGGACAGUAAAAAUUACACGUCUAACGUAACGUACACUUCGAUUAAAGUUACAACCACGGUACCAACGAUUACUGCAAACACAGCACCUACGCUAGAAAGGAUUCCACCUGUGCUGAACAACACUGUCCCGAUGAAAAAAGCUACCGCAAUGCCUCCUUCGCCUAGCAGUUCUGGUUUCACCUUUUUCGGUGUGCCUUUGCCAAGCCUGAACUUCAAUCUGUGGGGGAAUUCCGGUAGAAAAUCGGAGAGGAAAAACUCGUCGGGCAGACCUGGAAGAGGUCGUUACAGAACUUUUCCACCUACCGAACCGGAAAUCCACAGAGGAGGUUUCGUGCCUUUGCCCCGUGGACAAGGAGGAUUCGUGCCGAUCGUUGAUCCUAGAUUAACAUACGAGAGACAGGUUAAAAAUGAAAGUUCGAAGAUCGAGAGGGCUCAUCCAAGGACGAGCAAGCCUAAAGCGGGGUCUAAGGAGAGGGAAGAAUUGUCCACUGUUUCGGUGAACGAGCAAGAUGCUCAUUGGCAAAUCACCGGGACGAAGAAGAACAGUUCUGUAAUUAAUUCGACGAAGACGGGGGAUUCGAGUACAGCAGCGGACGAGUCGCCUCAAGAAGCGAACGAAACUUCUGUAUCUAGCGACGUCGAGGAUAGGGAUGAUUAUUUGCAGACGAGUAAGAAAUUGAAGAAAGUCGAAGAGAAAGCAGAGGUAGAAGUUGCGAGUAGAAUAGUGUGGACUACGCCUAGGACUGUGUUGGAAACGACGAAAGAGGUUUUGAUCAAGGAAACGUCGACAGAGGUGUCAGGAGGGGAGAGAAGUACUUGGGAUUCUGAUGUCUCUCGAGAGACUGAAGCGUCAGCUUUAUCGGCGUUUUUGGUUCCAGGAGGUCAAGUACCUUCUGUGCCGAAUUUACGUCCGUUAGGUAGGCCAACUAUAACGAAAGUUCCAUCGCCACGUAUCGGUCUCUCCUCUGAGCCAGGGAAACAGAAAUCUGUGGCCGAGGCGGUCCAACGUAACGUGGAGAACGAUGAAAAGUUAUUCGGCAAAGAUGGAUCUUUGAAUGAGAAUGCGGAAGUGAUCGAGGACAAUCCGUUUAACUGGUACUUUCAACACUACAACGAUACCAAUUUGGAGCCCUACGUGGGUAUAGCGUACAGUGGAGGUGAAAAGACAAGUGUGCCUCGAUGGACUUUAUUGGGUCAAAUAUCUCUUAUUUUGUACAUUCUCAUAUAA